CCACAUUGUGAAGAGUGCUUUUUAGUGACCAUUGAUCACAUAAUGCCACGCAAGAAGCGUUCCUCCAGCCCCCUGGAUUUCUACGAUGACGACUUUGAUGAGGAUGCCAGCUCGCAAAGCUCCCAACCGCCGGUGCAACGCAAUGCGGCGAAUGCCCGGGAGCGGAUGCGUAUGCGGGUCCUGUCAAGCGCGUACGGACGUCUGAAGACCAAAUUGCCCAACAUUCCGCCCGACACGAAGCUCUCAAAGUUGGACACGUUGCGUUUGGCGACGCUCUACAUUAAACAGCUAAUUACGGCAGUCGAGACUGGCAGCCACAGCCAUAGCCACAACCACAGCCACUCGAAUACCGCCGGAAUGGAUGCCCUGGACACGAGUCACAUGCCUGAGGCGUCACACGGUUGCGGCAGUGGUGGGGCCAACGUAGGAGCAAGCCUAAGCGGAGGCGGAGGCAAUUUCCAUUUCCACAAUGGAGGACACAGCGGCAUGAGCUGGCCCUUUGAGUUCCAUCAGAGCAAUCGCAGCCUGCCUUUUGGCUCCUCCCGCAUGGACUGGCAGUCGCUGCAGUCCCAGUCAUACCCGAAAUCCGCACGCAGCGAGUUAGACGUUCCGGCCGCUCUCAGUUACGCCCAGAUGCAGGAUUCACAUGGGCACUGGUAUCCUUCGGAUAUGAACCAGAUGGAGGUGACGGCCACAAUCAAUGGUUGUGCCUAUGAGACGGCUACAGCGGGAAUGGGACAGCACCAGCGCGGCAUAGCAAUAGCUACUAGCCAUGCCCAUGGUUUACAAUAAUGCAUUUACAUGAAUUUAUGAAUGUUGUUCUCACUCAACUCAAGCCAAAUGUAAUUUACUAACUAUUCGUAUUUGUAUUA